CCUGUAACGUGCACCUUUGUAUUUAUUUGAUUGAAACUUAAGCUAUUUUCAGCAGAGCUCAAGCGCAGUGACCAUCAAAAACCACUUAGUAGCUUGAAUAUUUUUUCCCGUGGACCUGUGUGUAAAUGUGUAAAAUAUUUGCAGUAGUCCAGCUUACUAUAGCAAGCUGACUCUUUGCCCAUAAAAUGUUAAAUCAACCAUGACCAGACUCAUUUUCCCAUGUCAGCCAAAAGGACUCUGUAAAUCAACACAUUAGGGCUCUGCUGGGUAGUAGCUGCGUGUGCUUCAUGCAAAAUGGCCCUGACAGCCGCUCUCUUGGUGCCUUGGUUGUCAGCCUGUGGCUAACUGUAGCAGGGCCGUGUGGCAGUGGGAAACCUUGAAGAUGCAGUGCAAAAUUUUUCCUGAUGCAACAUGAAAGAGGCCAAGAGCUAGUACAGCAAAAGGAAAUGGUACAGGUUGUUUUACUUUUGGUGUGAUUGUGUUUUUAAGGCUCACAGAUGUUUGGAAAAGCCUAUCCCAGCAGCCUGAGUCACUUGGAUGAUCCUAUGCUUCUUGUGAAGGUCUGGUUACUGAUAUGUGGGCAGACAAGUUCUGCAGGCACUUCCCAGCAUCUCAAGAUGGAACCCACUUGGAAGCCAUUAGAGAAAGCUCAUCUCAAGGGAAGUUCAUAUCCUCAAAUGGAUGACAAAGUAGGUGGAAGCAUACAAGGAUGAAGAGUUUUUCCCGAUCAGCUUCAUUCAGGUACUCACAAGUCUGAUAAAUGAGCUACCUUUAGUUCCAGCAGCAGAGAUUAAAGGCAGCAGGAGUUUGGCCAAGGUCACGAGUCCUUACACUUAUGACCUGGUCUCCAUGCUAGACUGUGUGAGUGUAAAAGCUGAGCCUUCACAGAUCUCUGGGAGGAAAGAGGAAGGUGCUGUUUUCUGCCUGUCUCGCAUCUUCAGAGUAACAGUGGGACAGAAAUUCCAGGAUGAGACAAGAGACCACCUUGGGUUAAUGGUACUGAAGUAUGCUACACUGUCAACUUUGAAACUGAAGGCUUCACACCACGCAGUGUGGCUUGGAGACUAAAUCAUAAAGUACAGCUUGCGGAGUACCACUCUGUUCUCAAUGAAGAAGACUCCCCAGGAGUGGAAAAAUGUAAAUCAAGGCCACUAGUGAAGAGUGGGAAACCCACAGUAAACUCAGAGAGCAGAGAGUGCUAGCAAUGUUAUUUCCUGGAACUAGCACCUGAAGAUACUAGUUUGGACAACAAACACUCUCUUUUUGCUCUAUGUAAGUCCUAUAUGAAGCAGUUUUGGCAAGAUUUGUUAAAAGUCUAAGGAAAUCACAUUUGAAUGGCCAAUGGAGAAGUGCUACCUUCUGCUUCUAACUGUGCAGUGGAACUGAUAACAUCAACAAGUGAUUUUUAUAUUCUGUGUAAAAAAAAAAAAGACACUUCAAAGGUCAGCUAAGUGCUGCUGUCAUGUAAAUGAUUUCAACUUGUACAAAGAAUCCUCACAAAACUUUCAGCUUCUGAGCAACCACCAACUGAAAUAUAUUCCAUAAGUUCAAACGUGGUCCUCUAAAGCUUUACUUUUAAAGCCACCUCUAUCAAAGGUAAAGAAAACGUUCAGAGCAUUCAGGUGUGCAGGGAGAAGAGUCAAGAAGGUAGUGCUUUGGAGUGCACAGAAGAAUAAAUAUACAUGGCAAGGUGCAAAACAUUCUAAAACCAGAAGCAGCCUUGCAAUCAUCUAGAAUGUGUGCAAGAAAGUGACACUGCUCAUCAGCAAACUCAAGAGCUGAGAAAGCCCUUCUGUAUUUGUGUAGCACUGCAGUGUAUUUUAGCUGCAUCUUAACGGGAGGCACAAAGUAACGAGCACGCUGCCGUACAGGCUUGAAAUCGGAGACGUUGUAACUUUGUUACAGUUCCAGAUUAGAUGUUAUUAAAUACUCCUUCAGUGGUAGACAGUUGCAGCUGUGAGUUUUCACUCAUUUUGCAAAUUCUGUGCAGGUGAUGUGUGCUUAGAAAUUAAGGAGUAAAACAAAGACUUAAAAGGAAAAAAAAAUAGUUUGAGAAAUUUGCCAAUCAUGCUGAAGGAAACUGUCAGCAGAAUUAAGACUUCCCAGAUGUAAGUUUUCAAAGUCUAGGGGAGCAUCAUUAUGAGACAGUUGUCUCUUCUCUCCAUUCUUCCGUUCUAUGGAGUUUUGUUUUUCACUUCUUGUACAGUAUAAUAGGUCCAUGUUGUCACUGCAGUCAGCAGCACUCUGUGUUUGGUACAUACUAUGGGAUUUGGAUCUAUUAUUUUAUCCAUGGCAGAUAAUAAUCUAGGCCAGGUCUGUACAAGAAAACGUUGAACUGGUUUCUAAAGAAUGAUUAUGAGCCAGAUGCACUUAGAACAGUUUGCCACCUCCUGAAGCUGUUUUUGUAAUUUACAAAAUUCAGCUCAACUGAUUGAAGAGAUGAUAAAGUCAAUUUAAGUCACACAGUUUAGGGAGCUGCACCUGCAACUUUUCCCUCUAGACAAGGUCUUGCCUAGUAAGUAGGAGGAUCAAUGGCAGGUUAAUGUAACUGGCAAUGUAAGAAGCUGGGAAAAACAGACUUGUUUAUUUGUGUGCUGUUUUGUAAACUAUUCAGGCAGGAGUUUUUUCUCCAUAGAUACCCCUGAGGUGACAGAUAACACUCUGUGAAAAUUAAUACUAUAGAUAACGAUGUGCUGUAUUGUUUUCAGUAUAGUUAUUCCAAUUUUACAGGAGCGCAGUAUUGAACUGAACUUACACCAUUAUGACAAAUACAACUGUAGCAGUGGGCCACUUUAUGCCUUGAGCUGUAUGUCUUUGUUCUGAUGGGAACCGCAUCCUUGUGAAGGAGAGAUGAAAAGAGGUGUCCUACAUUGGUCAAGACUGUGAAGAAAUCCCAGAAUUCCUAGGAAGAAAAUACGGGCGUAUGGCAAAAAGGCUAGAUCUUAGCUUCAACUUGUUGAGGUCACUAGAAGGACUGAAAACAUUCAGUUACUUGGAAGAGCUGAUCUUGGACAACAAUCUACUCGGAAAUGACCUUCUGUUACCCAGGUUACCCCACCUUCAUACCUUAACGCUCAACAAGAACCAAAUAUCGGAAUUGGAAAGCCUCUUGGACCAUUUGGCUGAAGUUGUGCCCUCGCUACAGUAUCUCAGUUUGCUUGGAAACAUGGCCUGCCCGAAUGAACUGGUCUGUAAGGAAAACGAUGAGGAUGACUACCAGAGGUACAGAUAUUUCGUCCUGCACAAGUUGUCAAACCUGAAAUUUCUUGAUACUCGGAAGGUAACCAGGAAGGAGAGAGAAGAAGCCUUGGUAAGAGGUGCCUUCAUGAAAGUGGUUAAGCCAAAGGAUGCUAAGGCCUCCAGUGAUGCUGCCUCUACCUCUCCAGUGAUGCACUAUACACCUCUGCCUUCAGGAUCCAGAGACCUCACCAAUCACAGAGCCUCUAUCACAGUUGUGCCAGGAUUAAAGAUAGGAGUGGAUUUACAUUGUGCAUCCUGGUCUUGGUAUAAAUUGAAACCAUGUAGUGGAAAUCAGGUGUCCUGAAAGUGCUGUAACAUGUUGUGUCCUAACAUUGACUCUUGUAAUGACUAAUCAUUUUUCAUGCUACUCCCUCCUCCACCCUCCCCUCUUUCCCAAGAUAGGUGCUUUGGCUUGGACUUUGA